AUGGGCUCAGUGCUGCUGGAGCGGGUCCCACAGCCUCAGCUCCUGGUGGAGAGCAGGGUGCGGAUCGGGGAGGCGCAGGAGAGCUGCCGGAAGAAGAAGAGCAACAACAGGCCUCAUGAUCCCAGCAACAAAAUGGGAAUCCGGCCCCAACCACAAAGGAAGUCAUUGCAUCCACAGUGUAUGUUCCCAAGUCAGGAGAAUAACGAGAAGAGAAUGCAGCAAAGAAGAAAGCACAAGCCCCAUCCCCCCCAGACGAAAUGCAACACCUUUCAACACAGUGCUCAGGGAACUUUGGACUCAAAGUCCCAUCCACCUACCUCUGCAGAAGACAGGAUGGAGCCCAAGGUGCAGCCAGCUGCUCAGCGCUCCGGCCACAGGGAGAAGAAGCGCACAGGAUUCAGAGGGGGCAGACACACACCAGCCUUUCCCUGCCACCGCCUGUCUAACUCAAGCCCCAAUCUGGACAGACUCUCACCAAAACCAGAGGUGGGACGUCUGAGCAGCCACGGAGACUGUAACAGUGACACUGACACCGACUUGUCAGAGUCAGAGAGAGGUCCUGUGUUGCCCUCUGGUCGGGUUCCUCCACAGCUCGAGUUGAGGCCAGAUGUUCCUGAGGCUGAAGACUGCCCUGCUCGCAGCCAUAGGCCAACACUACAAGGCAGUAGAGGGUUUGACUUCCCAGACUUCCUUCCUCCACCUUUUAACUCAUGGAACCUCAGUCAGCUGGCUCUCUUCUACAACAUGGAGGGCCUGGGGGCGUCUCGGCCUAGGCCAGUGGGAUGUUUGGAAAGGUACCUGGAGAGGCUGCUGCAGCUGGAGUGGCGUCAGAUCCAGACUGUCCAGGAGGAGAGCGGGAGGUCUGCUGUGUCAGAUGUAACGUCCAGCUGCCACAGGUCACCAGCUGCUGCCUCCUCACGCCUCAGCUCUCCAAAGUGUAUCCUACAGUGUCAGCGUGCCUUCCCUCUCACCUUUCUCUCUACCCUGGCCGGUCACUCUACCCUGCUCUCCGGCUGUGCCUGCUCUCUGUGCCGCAUCCGCCUCUCCACCUGUAAAACGUCAUGCUGCCGCUCCACCCACUGCCACACCCGUCCCUCUAGACUGAGCCCCACGCCGGAGCCCAGAGGGGCUGCAUCGCUCCCAAAAAGGAGCUAUAGUGAGAGCCGGGUGCACUCCUCUGACAGGAACACGGUCUCCCAAGCCCAGAGGUUAAGCAGCCCUGUGAGGGCCAACAGCCACCUGAGGAGAAUGCAAGCCUCUGGCAACAUCCGCAACCCGGCUCAAGGUGCUAACACUAGGCCUCAUUCCACCGACAGGGACUCAAGUGUUGGAGCACGGGGGGAUGCGUUGUAUUACAGGAUAGGGGGGUCUAGGAAAAGGAGUGACUCGGAGCAGAGGAGAGGUGGAGGAGUAGAGAGACGACAAAAUGGAUGGGAGAAAAGACGGAGUGGUUCUGAGUGUAGAAGAGGAGGAACCGAGCGUAGGGGAACAGCUGAGUUGAAUGAACAAGAAAUAAAACCAGAUGCUGUCACUGCAAUAAUGGACAAUUUACCAAGGUCCAAAUUCCCUCCUGUUCACAGGCCAAACAGACCAAAACAUGUUGAAUUUGUUACUUAACAACAUGAGUUCUGUAGGAUUUGAUUGUAAGUCUGUAUUUUCACUCUCCAAAUGUUUACAAUUUUCAUUGUUUGAAUGUAUUGAUGAAAAGAGUAGCAAGCUGAUGACGUUGAAGAUUUAGUUCGAGAAUAUGACGUUUUUCCAUAUUUCUCUGGUCUCAGGUUAUUAUUAAUACAUAAAUAUGUGUAAUCCAAUGCUGUACGGCACUAUUUGUUGUUACAUACCUCUUAUGUGCAUGUGGGUAUUAAUAUCAAUACUUUUCUAGUUUCUUUUUAAUUUAACCCAGCAAGCCCUCGUCAGCACAAUACAUUAAGUAUGUUUGUAUGAACGUUUUUCAGUUUUACUUGUGAUGUUAAUGAAUAAGCUGCCACUCAACAAACAGAAAAGCCUCACAAACAUUAUUAAUGGUUAAUGACAAAUUAUGAUUGACUGGUGCAAUUUCUUAAAGUGACUGAUAAAAUGUGUGAAAUUAUGAUGUAAGCCUCGUUCUUCCCUUUCCUCAGGCUUUCUGAUUGGUUAUGAAAUGAUUUAACUCUGACAUUUGUGGAUCGAUCGAGGGAUGGGGAAGGACAUGUACUGCUCUAUUUCUGUCACCUUCUCUUUGAUUGUGUCUGCUGGAUGUUCUCACUAAAAUCUCUUCCGUCGCUGUCGUGAAUAGGAGGGAAGAGUUUAUUAAAUUCUAAUUUCAUCCCAGAUCAGUCUACACUUAAUAAUCCUCUAUAAAAAAGUUAAAACGUGUGACUUUUUUUGAAAAUGUACCUCCUUAUUCCACAAAGGUCUUUCUGUCUGCAUGUGGAAUGCAUAUCUCUUGUGAAUUGUUCAACUAUUUUACUUCACACUUCAAUAUUGAUAGACUUUUAAUAAACAGGCAACCAGUGCUCUGUUGCAGUCAGUGGGGGCAGAGCAGGGCCGUCAGUGUGUGGACCGAGUUGAACGUGUCUACCUCUACAUACUUGGAUAAACCAGAGCAGUUGUCAAAUGGCAGCCUGUGACCUAUAAAAUCUGUCCCAACAGAUUAUUUUGAUGUUUUGAUUAUUUUUAUUUCACCAUAUCUGUCUGAGAUAGUGAAGGACUGAACUGUGACAGGUGCAGAUUUUCGUCAUGGCAACUGCAUUGACUCAAUCUUUUCCUUUUUGCCAAUUUGUCUUUAAAGUUAAAGCACAAUGUUUGUUUGUUGCUGCAAUGCUUUAUAUUGAGCUGAA